GUAGUUGACUUUCCUCUAUACAAAUGUAUAUCUAUAUAUCUGUAUUUUUAUAUUUUGCAAUGGAUUCUUGCUCAAUGUGUGGAAAGCCAGUACUGCUCACAUUACUUUUUGUUUGUGUCUUUGGGUUGCUCAAAAUUGAAAAUUUAGAUGUGAACACUUCUUUUGUCCAGAAAGCAGCUAAUUAUGCUGUUUCUCAUAUUAUUUGUCCAUGUGCAAUAAAGAAUAAUGCAUAUUCAUCUCUCCAUCUUACAUCAGUUGUGGAAGCACAAAAAUGGCAUGGAGAAGAGGAAAUGGUACGGAUUGUUUGUCAAGUAGCUUCAAAGAAGGAGAUGAAGCUGGAGUAUGGUCAUGAAUGUACAUUCUACCUGAACAUCUACAAUGAGACUAAUUUUACCUUGGAAAAGUACACCUGCUUUAAAUAUGUAACAUCAAAAAGUAAAAAGAUUCCAGCACCUUCCAUCAAUAUCAAACGGCAUGAGAUACAAUCCCUAAAGCCAUUCUUGAAUAUGUCUCUGAAAAAAUAUGAUCGCAGAUUGGUUAAAAUUCUCAAGGCUUAUAAAAAGUAUGAAAUUGGAGUAAUCUAUAUUGUAAAUGUUGAAGUUAUAGAGUUGGAAUCACCUAGACAAAAACCAAUACACUGUAUGACAGUUAUAUUAUAUGAACCCUGGCGAUACAAUCGAUACAAACUAAUUGAUGAUGAUUGCCACUCACAGGUAAUGAACUUUUUGUUUUAA